AUGGCACAACCCCCCGUUCCAAUCACCAGUACCAACUACUACUCUACCAGUCACCCUACCGGCAACCCCGGCUACCCCACCAGCAACCCUGGCUACCCCACCAGCAACCCCGGCUACCCAACCAGCAACCCCGGCUACCCCACCGCUACCAGCAGCUCUACUAGCUAUUCUAGCAGGUCUACUAGCUAUUCUAGCAGGUCUACUAGCUAUUCUAGCAGGUCUACCAGCUACUCUAGCAGUUACUCCAGCAGCUACUCCAGCAGCUACCCUACUUGGACCUCAACAAGGACUCACCCUCCUGGCACAACAUAUACAUCGUCCCCUGGUUCGUCCGACGGUAGUGAUGAUGAAUCCACGUCGAUCGUUGGAGCAGUCGUCGGAGGUGUUGUCGCCGGGCUUGUUCUCAUCGCGUUGUUGGUGGGCUUCUUUGUAAUGCGUCGGAGGAAUAGGCGCAAUGAGGCCAACAAAAGAGAUUCUGACACUUUGGAGGGUCGCAAUAGCACUGAACCCCUUGCUACCACUACUGGUGUCGGUAGUGGCGGUAAUGGCAGUGAUGGCGAAGGAAUUGUAGGAUCCCAGAAAGAGCCAUACGUUUACCCCGAACGAGAAUAUCAGCAACUGCAGCAGCUGUCAGGCAACCAAUACGAUCAAGAGCACGACCCCUAUUAUGCUCAGCACCAGCGGCACCCGCAGGACUAUUAUGCAGAGGACCAACCAUACCACCAGAGCCCCCAGUCCAUCCCCGUUCACGAAUCUAUUACCGAAUCAACUUCUCCUGCCAUGACUCAGAUCACUACGGCAGGAUCCAACCUGGCAUACUGCCCCCCUCCAUUCGUGCCUGGACCAGGAUUAUUUGAGAGGCGUCCCCCCGGUGCUCCUCAUACCACCAUUGACGACCCUAGCACCACCAAGCUUCCCAUCACCAAAAACCCUCAAGCCCUUACUGAUGAUCCUUUCACAAUCCCUAUGCACGUGUAA